GAAGAUUUUGAUGUCUGGCGGCGCGCGGUGCAACGUGCUGCCGACGAGCGCGACGGCGAACGAUUUCACCACGGAGAGCGCGAAUCGACGAUUGAAGGCGGUGCUCGCGUCGUGGUCCGUCGAAAGAUGUCGAGAGUGGCUGGAGACGGAGAUUGGAUUAGGGCUGGGGAUUGAGAUCGCGUCGAAUAAAUACUUUCCGCUGAGCAACUCGUCGAGGGAGGUGCGGGAUAGAUUGGUCGCCGCGUGCGAGAAGGCGGGAGUGGAAUUCAAGUACGAGACGAGCGUCGAUGGGGUGGUGCGAGGAAGCGAUGGGAUGGGAUGGACGCUUCGAGUGCGAGGGUCGGGAGACGAACGCGCGCGCGCGAUCGUGCUCGCGAUGGGAGGGCUGAGUUUUCCCGCCGUCGGAACGGAUGGCACCGGGUACGCCAUCGCGAGGCGGGAUUUAGGACACGCGUUACACGAGCCGUAUCCCGCGUUGGUGCCGCUGACGGGACCGCAUCCGGGCGGCGAACCCUUACCAGGGGUCUCCGUCGAAGUCGAGCUGAAGGUAGCGGCGGCGAACGCCGACGGUGGCGGUGGGAAGAAGAAGGCGCAAGCGAUUCGCAAGGGGUUUCUCUUCACGCAUCGCGGGUAUUCUGGACCGAGCGUUUUGGAUCUGAGCCAUCACCUGGUACGGCCGCUGGUGCGAGCGAACGAAUCCAAAGGUGGAAGCUUACGAGACGAAGAUUUUGACGCUCCGACGUCGUCGUCGCCGAGAAUGGUGAUUAAUUGGAGCGGCAUCAAACGAGAAGAGUGGCAAGAGCGCCUCACAGCGCCGCCGGGCCGAGCGCUCGUCGUCAGCCGACUACGCGAAGCGCUUCCGAGUCGCCUCGCCGACGCCCUCGUCGCUGAAUCCGGCGUUGAUUCGCGAUGUAAAAUUGCCGAACUGAAAAAGGACGAUCGCGCGAAGCUUCUGCGCGUGUUGACUGAAUACGAAAUCGCGGUGAAAGGUCAUCAAGGGUAUCGCAAGGCUGAAGUCACGGGUGGCGGCGUAGCUUUGGAUGAACUCGACACGGCGUCGAUGGCGAGCUUGAAGGCGCCGGGAAUUUAUAUGUGCGGUGAAGUUUGUGACGUGUUCGGCAGAAUCGGUGGAUUUAAUUUUCUAUGGGCGUGGUGUAGCGGUAGACUGGCAGGAAUGAGUGCGGCGAAGGCCAUUUCGAGCGCGGACGACGAGUGA